AUGUUGGUGAAUUGGGCAGCAAACUACCUGGAGGAAUAUAGUGCUGUUACUGAAGCACAAACCAACUUCGGGAAUAAUAUGCAGAGAAUCAUAACAUCGGCCCCACCACCACAGAACUUGUUUAAAAUAAAUGUUGAUGGCACGGUAGCUAUAGCAAACAAGAAGGCAGGUGUGGGUGUGAUUGUCAGAGAUGAGUUGGGUAGAAUGGAGGCUACGAUGUGCAGAAACUUAAAUGCUCCUUUAUGUGCUAUUGAGGCCAAAUCCAAGGCUGUUGAGGUAGGGUUGUUGUUCACACAAGACAUCGGAAUCCAAGAUAUUGUGGUGGAAAGUGACUCUUUAAUUACGGUCCAAGCUCUGAAUGGAACAUCUACUCCACCAUCCGCAGUCUUGGCAAUUGUACAAGGCAUUAUGGAUCUCAGUAAGGGCUUCCGUAGGGUGGAAGUUUCUCACGUUAAGAGACAACGUUAUAGGCCGGCUCACUUACUAGCAAAACAUGCUCUUGGCAUUGUUGAUUUUAUUGCAUGGAUUGAAGAGAUGCCUUGCUUUCUAGAACAAGCUCUUAUCCACAAUGUAACAAUUUAA